AUGUCCAAGAACAAGAAUAACCUAUACUGGUUCAUUUCUGUUCCUGCCGAAGGAAAUAAAUCAGUUGUUUUUCAAAACCUAAAAUCUAAAUUAACAAGUGUAGAAUUUGCAGAAGUAUAUCAAUUCAUUAUUCCCGAAUUCAAGAUAGGUACACUUGAUAAUUUGGUGGUGAUUUCUGAUGAAUUUGUCAAAUAUGAUCAAUCAUUUGAAUCUGUAACAAUGAAAAUUGUUGAUAUUCUUCGCAGUCUAUUGAAAGGAGACACUGAUCAAAUCGAAGCAAAUUUAAUAGUGAAUGAUAAAAGUAUUGAUCAAUAUUUAACAACUUUUCAAUGGAAUACCAUGAAAUUCAGAGCUGAUAAAUCACUUUCAGCAAUAGCCGAAAAAUUGAAUGAAAAUCUGAUGAAAGCAAAAUCUGCCCAUUAUAAUCAAAUUAAAGGAAAUUUACAAGUACUGGAACGAAAACAAACAGGAAAUUUUGCAGUUCGUGAUUUGGCAGGUUUUGUUAAAAAAGAACAUUUUGUUUUAGAUUCUGAAUACUUGGAAACUCUACUUGUAGCAGUGCCAAAGAAUCUUUAUAAAGAAUGGCACUCUAAAUAUGAAACUAUUACUCAAAUGAUUGUACCACGAUCUUCUCAAUUUUGA